UCCUCGUAAGGUUCUAUCUACGACAGUGUUUUGCCGCUUUUCGAGGAAUUGGAAGAAUCUAACGAAUACAAGGAAAAUCUUGAACCAUCACUGUGUAUAUUAAUCUUGUCAAAGUGUCCGAAUUCGUCAAAGUUUUUGGAGAUCUUGGACUAUUUUUGAAAACUAUAAUACAAUUCUUGAAGGAUGAAAAAAUUGAAGGUACUGAACAACACGAUGUAGCUUAUCAUGUCUGGCAGUUCAAGUUCGACAGUGAAUACGACGGGGCUCGCCACUUCCUAGCAGUCACAGUCAUGGAAAAUGUGACAGCGAAUUGUGAAACCGAGCAGCACUCCAAAAGAGGACAAUUUAUACUUGGACCACAAUUUGGACAGCCAAUGCAGCUAACACCGCUAUGGCAAUAUGUGGUCCGCACCAGGCAAUUUCCACCUACUAUCGACCCGGAAUAUACUUUUCAUGAAAUAUCGCAAAGACUACGAGAUCCUGAGUGGGAAGUUCGUCAGCAUGCUCUCCGCGUCCUCGUCGAUGCUCUGCCUGCUGUCGAACAGAACUCUGUCGACAAGUUGAUGGUCCCAGUGUUCCCAGAACUAGUGACAAAUUUAGGCCAUCCAGCACCAGCUGUGAGAAAAGGCGCACUGGAUACUCUCCAAGUUUAUCUUUGCUGCAGCCAAGACACGAUGAAGAUGUUUCAAAAGAUAUUAGACAACGGUUUCAACCGUCCCGAUGCUCUGGAUAAUCUUCAAAGUAACAUCGGCGUGGGGGUGAUCGUCGGCAUUCCUUCACUGCUCUUCUCAUCGGCUGGUAACUUGAAACCCUCAAAAGAAAUGUUGAAGUUCACUAUAAACGCACUGGCUUCACGUAUGGUUCAAGUUACUCACCAGGAAGCUGUGUUGAGAUCUCUGGCGCAAAUACGCGAGAAGAUUGGAACUGGCGAUUUCGAUUCCAACCUGUUGGAUUAUAAUGCAAACUUGAAACGUGACUUUGAAGUUCUUUGCAAAGUCCAUAACGUAAAGAUUUCCAAAGAUAAGAAUGUGGGGUUGAAUGACCAUCAAAAGUAUGAGGAAGUUGAAGAAAUCGUACCACUGAUGGAGAAGUGGGGUAGUGAUAGUGAUACUUGCGGUGCAACAAACGAUGGUCGUAACCAAUACGACGAACACAAUGAUGUCCUUGUUGAAUUAAUUCCACCGGCUCGCGUUGUUGUAGAAACUGAGAUAAAAUUUUACUCGGAAACGGCGAUCUCAAUGACAAUAUUAGAGGAAGAAAAGAAUAAGAAAAACGAGGCGGACACCGAGUCUGAUUCUGUAAGUGAAAGUAAUUUCAGCGAUGAAGACGUGGGAAUAGUUCAAAUCCUAGAAGACAUUAUUCCCGAGAAGCGGAAUAUUCGGAGGCGGGUGCAUUUCGGCGGAGAAGUCGUCAAGCUCCGAACACCGGAUACCGACGAUGAAAUCAUAGGUCGUACACCAGAAGUGCCCAAGACGAGGAUACCUGUUCCGGUGCAUCCAGCUACCAAAAUGCCCUUGGAUCGCCGGCGGUCUCACUCCAGUGACAUUAGUCCUAAUCGCCUUAAACACCCAAGGAGACGGUCGCCUUCGAGCAGUUCAAAAAGAAAAGUCUACACACAUAAUGCACUCCUGAGACCGCAAAAAAGCAUCCUGAUGAAAGCAAACAGCCCGCUCUACGUUGUUCAGCCAGUGGAACCAAGGAAAGAACACAAAUGGGAUUACCACGAUAAGACAUCCUCAGCUGCUGAUGAUAUUCAAAUAAAUCUAAUGCAUUCGGAGCAGAUCAAGGAUGGUGAAGUCCCGAAACAGAGUGUAAGUAUUGUGGAAAAUGGCGGAAAAGUAAUGAGCAAGAACGAAGAGCAGACAUAUCACUCUAACGACGAGAAAAAGGAAACGAAGAAAAUCGUGCAAAGUGUUAGUUGCAGUCAAAAACAAGGCCUGAUUAAUAACAAUUUUGGUGUGAAAAGUCGGGAUGCACGUGGCAUAUUGCAAUCGGGUCAAAUAUCAAUACGAGCAAGUACGCCUCGGAAAUCUCCAAAGUGUCCAUGCCAGCCAUCCAGCCGUAUCAACUUUGACGUAUUUCCGAAGCAGGAGAGAAAUUACAUAUUAAUGGAGCUCUCAAGUUCGGAACGAAAAACUGACGUUGAAAAAAAUGCCUCGACGAACGAGUCGAGUGCUGAUUUCUCGCGAUCUACUCAGGUCGUAACCGACGCGUUAUUUGGCAUGAAUAUUUCAACACCGCGAACAGAAAUCCUAGCUCUUGAUCAGUUUCUAAAUCAUAGGAUUGAUAGCGCACAGACAGGUACAAAUCAGAGAUCUGCAGGCUUACAUGUGAAUUGGUCAGAGUCACGCAAUAUCACAUCCAGAAGUUCGCAGGAUUUACAUAGUGAAAAAUCAGUAAUACCUUUCGCGGCAAAGAAGAGUUCCGAAAGAAAUUUUGGUCAGUUGCCAAGAGACGUUGACGCAACAUCGACUAGUUCUGCUUGUAACAAAAAAAGUGAAAAUAAUGUCUAUGCCCCAAAUAUUGUACUUCAUAAAAAUCAAAGUUUUCGGGAAUUGGCAGUCGGUGAUGGCUGUGAUAAAUCUACUCUGGAUGAAAGUGAGAGUUUGAAUUGCAGUAGCAGCGAAGGUGACGUCGAGAAACCGGUCUGGAAAAAACUGGGGCUUGUCGAUCCAGUAUCCUUAAAUGAUGUUCAUAACAAGGGAAUACUAUGGUAUGCUGGGAACAAAUCUCACGAGGAUGUACUGAAAAUUGCGAGAAAAAAAGUAAGAAAUGCUUGUUACGUACACGUCAAAAGGAAGGAGAAGAAAGCAUGGCUGACGGAGAUCUUCGAUGGUACAAUGGGAGUUAUUCAUAAGGAAGAUUUGCACAUCACACCCCCUGCACUGGAAAAGUUGAAAUUUAUGGAAGCAGCACCCCGGGAUGACUUUAAGCGUAAAUACUUCCUAUCGGAUAAUAUCUGGAAGCAUGCGGAGGAAGGAUUAUUUUGGUAUGAUGACAACCCUGAAUACGUCCCAACAUACAACUGCGCCUUUGAAAACGUGCAGAGGCUGAGGAGUUGUUCGUGGUACAACAAAAGUGCAGCGGCGCAGCAGUUGCAUGACAAUUCAAAGCCACACACCGCAAGAUCGAACAAAGACGCUAUAAAUUUAUUGCGCUGGGAAGUUUUCCCUCAUCCGGCUUAUUCGCCAGACAUAGCUUCUACACACUACCACACGUUCCCGUACCUUCAACAUCACCUUUCGGAUACGCGCUUUAAGUCAGUGGAGGAAUUCGAAGAAAGCAUCGCAGAUUUCAUCCAAUCAAAACCACCAUCAUUUUACCGUGAAGGAAUUCGCAUACUACCUCAGAAAUGGCAGAAAGGUGUCGAAAGCGACGGUGAUUACGUCGACGAUUAA